ACCGCCGGCAGUAUUUGUUAUGAAAUAUAAGAGUGUGGUUAAUUUUAAGCGUUCCAGUGCCGAUUUCACGUGCUUUUCCGAGAGGAUUUAUUGCGGAACAUGAGGAUUCCCCCGCGACUGUUGAAAGUUGCCGCCGAAACGAAAUAUCCGAGGAUGAUGUUGGGAUUCUUUCUUGUACUAAUUUUCGUCUCUAACGCCCUGACCACGACUCAGUGCCCGACAAAUUGUUCCUGCACUUUAGACUUCAAAGGCCGAAAAACCGUAGUAUGCAACGAGGGAGGUCUGGUGGGACCCAUAAGCCUAACCAAUGUCAGCCUGGAUACGGAAGUCUUGAGAAUAACAGCUCCAGACGAUAACACAAACAUGUUGACAAUGUCGCCGGUUUUUGGUGGCUUCAAAAACUUGGAAGAGAUCCACAUUACCAAAUCAAACAUACCACAGCUGGGUCAGUAUUUCUUUUGGGAUCUUCGGAAGCUGGACGUGCUUAAUUUGUCACAAAAUAAUAUUACCCAACCUUUGGACCACGAUUUUAAAGGUCUGGAUAAGUUGAAAGAGUUGUAUCUAGACGACAACAGGAUCCAGUCCUUGCCCAGCAACACCUUUCGAUACUUGCAGUCCCUUAAGGUAUUAUCAAUUCAGCGAAAUCGGAUAACCAAAUUGGUAAACAGGGUGUUUAUUGAAAUUGGAAGAUUAAAAAUUUUGAAGCUGAGCGGAAACAAUUUGAAAACUCUCAAUCCGGAAGUUUUCCGUGACGUACAGGAGUUGCGCACUUUGGAGUGUCGAGGUUGUGCAUUGAAAACCUUACACAAAGAAAUCUACGACUACCUACCUCAACUCACUCACCUAGACUUGGGAGACAACGAAAUUCAGUCAAUUGCGAUCCAAGAUCUGCAAGCUUUGAAAAGUCUGAGACAUUUACGUUUAGACGGUAACGAAAUUACGGUUAUCAAUGAUAACGUCUUUAUCUACCAGGCGUCUUUGAGAAAACUUAAUUUGGGCUGCAAUGAAAUUUCUAGGAUCGGAAACAAGGCUUUUACCCAGCUUUUCAAUUUAACAGAACUAGACUUACGGUUUAAUAGGUUAGAGCAUGUCUAUGGAAUAUUCGAGCCUAUCCUCAGCAAUUUGGAACUACUUAUACUGAGCGGUAAUCAUUUGAAGCUCCAUUCGCUGACUGAGCUGAGUAGUAUGGACAUCCUAAGAGAACUGAGACUGGCGAACUGCGAUUUAGUUGAGAUAAACGAGAGGGUGUUCCCUACAAAUCUCGAGCUGUUAGAUUUGAGCGGGAACCACCUGUCCACAAUCCGAAGCCAGUUUCUACCUUCUAGUUUGAAACUAUUAGACGUAUCCAGAAACGGCCUCAAAGGUAUUGAAGAGGACGAUCUGCGGAAGUUGGAAAGAAUUCCGAAUCUGAAACUGCAGCACAAUCCUUGGUCCUGCGAUUUGUGUUACAUAGUGCCUCUGUUGGAACGAACCAAUAGAAGCGCUACGUUCAGUGAAAUCGUCUGCGUCAGCCCUUACACUACAAGGGGAAAGAAAUUGGGGUCCAUACAAAAGGAGGAACUAACCUGGUGCACCGCCGGCAAUUCCCUAAGCGAUGCCGACUUCUUUUUGGUGGGGGGCGACAAGAAAAUCGGUUUGAUAGCUGCCGGGAUGUUGGUGACUUUGUUGCUAUUAACGUUGUUGACAAUAAUCGGGGUGGUGUUGUAUUCGAAAAGGCACGCGGCCAAAUAUUACACACACGAAGAAAAGUUCGCGAUAGACGGAGAAAACAUGUACGAGAAUCACAGCCCUUUGUUUAAUGACGGCGAGUUGAGUUUCAAAUUUCCUCUGGACGGAGAGAAGAAAAUGUCAAUCUGCACGAUAGAGGAUAUCAAAAAGGAGCACUCUUUGGCAAACGGGACCUGAAGAGAAAAUGAAAGUUUCUCUUUGCUUUGCACCAAUGCUUUAGGUGGACUAUGGAAAUCGACUUCUUGCGAUAGAUGUAACGUUACUGUCGAUACGUAUACGUUUAAAUAUUGCUAUACAGGAUGUCCAAUUUUCGAUGCUGGUGUUCCAUAUUUUCGGAAAGUACCAAACAAGCCUGAUAUCAUAAUCUCAGAAAGCUCGGAGUUUUGAUACAUUUUUCAGACGUGGUGAAUUGGACACCUUGUUUUCUGGAGAAAAAAAUUUUAAUUGUAACUGACUAUUCCAGAUGACUAACAUUAUGCAUUCCUGCUGAAACAUAUCUGUGCUUUCACAAACAUGAUGUAUAGGACCCAAGUAAAUUUGAAUGUUUUAACAGAAAAACCCAUUUCUGAACUAAAUAGUGCAAAACCGAUAGACAUGUCAUUGCCUCGAUUUUUAUGGCUUUUUUUUUCGGCCAUUUAGAAAGUUGAGGAUACACCAGUGGAAAACUCAGUGACGUACUUAGAUUUUUUCGAUAAGUCUUAUUUUACAUAACAUUAUCAUAGGUGGCAGGAUUUAACAAAAAUGUUCGUGCUGAGCCCUUUCCAAUCAUGUAUGGUUGUUCGUAUCUGUCAUGAAAAACGGCGGAACUUUUUCGGAUAUAUAUUGGUAGGCCUUGCGUAUAACGGCUAGCAGGUAUCAAUUAAAGAAUAAUUUUGCUAAAAAAAAUACAAAAUCCUAAAAACUAAUUAAAAUUUUAAUUUUAAUAUCAUUAAUAGUUAGAUUACCUACGAAAUACUUUAUAUAUUAUGCAUAUUGUGAAUAGUAUUGACGACAUUGCAAUUAUUUUAAUGUAAUAAAUGAAACACCUAUAAAAUUAUUAUACAUUAUGGAUUAUUGAAAAGGGUUCAACACGACGUUAGCUUACUAUGAUUGGCAUGUAAAAUAAGAUAGCUGUAUUAAUUUAUCGAAACACUCCGAGAUUCGUUAUCCUCUCUAAGGUAUCUUGAUGUUAUAACGGUAAAAAACAGUUUAUCUGCGCUAAUGAGUUUUACACAUCUAAAAGUGUUACCAUAACUUUUUUGGGGAAUUUUGGAUUGGAGUUUUCCUUAUUGACUUAGGUAUACAGGCCCCAUCAGGAGUGGAGUGGAAGAUUAUUCCUCCGUAGGAUUGUAAAACUUCGAAGCGCAUCAUAAUUGUAUUAUUUAAAUGGGUAUUAGAAUAAAUAAAUCGAUUCUCCUUAUAAUAAUUCCUUGGAUAUAAGGGCUCUUAAUCUAAUAGAGAAGUAGAUACAGAUGAUUAAAGUUAAAACAUUUUUUUUUAAGUAAAUUUUAUAAAAAUCUAAGUAGUUCUCCGAGCGUUCUUCUGAUUUUUUCUUCUCAGUAAUGAUUUAUUAGAGCAUAUCUAAGAACCAAAGCUUUUUGAAAUUUAUGAGACGAUUUGAGUUAAUGGAAACUGUUGCUUUUUCAAAAAGACAAAAUAAUUGAAACACCAUUUAAAUCGAUGUUUGUUAUAAUUUAACUAUAAAACGUAAAACACACACACAAAAUCGGUUUUCAGCGUUGGAAACAAUAUUUAUAUUUCUUGUUGGCUUUGUUUUAUGGAUUUUUAAAAAUAUUUUCUGCCGAUCGCAGCCUCAAACUAAUUAAGGUCGUCACUAAAUGAGGCACGAUUAUUACAUGAAAAUCCCAAUUAAUGGAAAGAAAAUGGGGAUUUUAGCGUGGUGUUUCCGUCAAGUGUUCAGAGACCCUAAUGAUAGUCGAUCUAUUUCUUUAGAGACAUGCUAAAGAAGGGAUUUACAAAGAAAUGUAAAAUAUAAGAAAUAAUUUUUAUGCGCUGCGAAAUUUGAAGCUCCCAGUUAUUAUACAACAAGUACAGUAACGUCAUCAGUUUCUGGAUAAAACAUAUAUUCUUCAUCUCUCUUAAACUCUGUUAAUUCGUUCUCUUCUAGGUUAUGCUAUUUACAACCAUUACCUGUAGAAGAGUAAUCCUCUAUUCCACACUGAUUAUUGUUUUUUCUAUAAAAGUCAAAAUAUCACCUAGAAUAUAUUAAAUUAACAGAAUUAUAUAGGAAAAAUUUAUGGGUAAGAUUUCUCCAUCUUUAUCCAGUAAAUGUACCGUGGAAUUUGGUAUACGCAGAUCAACAUUUAAGAAUUAUCAGAUGGAUAUCACUGUUUCUUGAGAAUAGAAAACCAUUUUUUACUAAAAGAGUACAUUGGUGUGUCAAUACUUUAAUUUGAAAUUAAUUUUAUAAACGUGCCAAAAAGAUAUAAAAUUUAAAAAUAUAAAAGACCGGGUAAAUAAAUAAAACUUUUGUUUAUCUUAACCCUAACAACAAUAUAUGAAAAUUUUAAAGACAAAACGACACAUAAUGACGCGUGCUUAUUAUUAGCACACUAAGAGUUGAAAAUGAAACAUCUAAUUUGCAUUUUGCAAAACUUCGCAAAAACUGAUUUUUUAUAAGAUUAAUUUCGCAAAGCGAAACCAAAAACUUACAUUAGUUUUUAUACAGGGUUACCGAAAAUAACGGAAACAUUUUCGGGGUGAUGUCCGAAAGAAUGCUUACUAAAUUGAAACCUUGAAGAUGUUUUUCUCAAUAACGUUGGCAACGGUGCAGCAUUUUGUUUUGGAAUUCGGUGUGCUUAAAUAAAUAGGUUGAAAUGCUAUAUCAUUAUUUUUGUUGUUGCUAUCUAGGAUAAAAAUUGCGGUAAUUUUUUUCACUGCAAUAUCUAAAAUUUUGAAAGAGAACCAACCCAAACUAAACAUAAAGUUAAUAAUUUCUGUUGUCUUUACAGUACCAAAAGUUUAACUUUUUGCGUUAUGGCAAAGAAAAAAUUAUUCUUUGCAGUGUUUGUUAGGGUUUGAUCCAAAGAAAUAUUCCUUGAAACGUUGCUAUUUGAUAUUAAAGAGCACGAGCAGCAAACGUCCCUGUAUACAGAAAGUCUGUACUUAGAAUUCGUGUUGUAAUUUGUUUCUGCAUACCGAAUUUCAAAAUUUUAUGGUUCCAAAAUCAUUGCGAAAAAUUAUAUUUAUUGAUUUCUCCCUAAAAUCACAUUUCAAAAUAUUUCGACGUUAUCGCCGGAAAUCCUGUAUACAUAAUUUAUUUUUUGCGUUUAACAUUUUGUAAAUAUAAUUUGUAGAAAUAAUUUUACGGUGCCAAUUGUGUGAACCCGAAAAGAAUGAGAAUUUGCCAUGGUUGGUUUGACAGGAAAAUGUUUAUUAUUUUUACACUGCGCUCAAAAUUAACAAAAAAAUUCACCAAGGCGAAAAAGUAUGUUCAAAGGAAUUUGCGCAUUAAUGCCUAUACUAUUUUAAAUUACCAUUCUUUUUGUGCGGUACAUAUAGCUUGCAAAACACUCCAGAGGGCCCAUAAUGUGUAUUGCUGUGUGAUAUAUUUACUUUUACAUAUAUUGUAUUAUAUUUUUUUUUACCUAAUUUAUAUAUAUUUCUAUGUAUUUUAAAAGAUUUAAAAUUCAGAAUAUUAUACAGAUUAACUUAAAAUAUUUACGAAAUACAUGGUAUUUUUUAAAAUAGAUGUGUUUCGUUUAAAUCAGACGUUAGUCUAUUUAGUUUUAGUAGACUUAUACGAAAUUUCUUUCCUAGUAUGGAAUAGGAUAGUUACUUCUAAUAACGCCAGGCAGACUCUGACCAACCGCAAAGCGAUAUUGGUAUUUAGGUUUAGUUUCAUUAUUUUCUGUAUUAAAAAUUACCUUUUGUGCAUUAAGAGCAGCUUGAAAAGGAUAAACUAUACAACUCACUCAUGAAACUUUCUUGUAGUGGACAAGGUAACUGGUAUAAGGGAAAUCAAGAAUUUGUUAUACUAAUACUUCUUAAUCCCCAAUAAUAAUAGUACACAAGAAGUUAUAUUUAGAAAAAAAACGAAUUAAAUUGGACACGAGGCACCACUGUAAUUAAUAGUUGUCGCUUAAAGAUCCAAUAGGCAUUUUAUACCAAAUAUUUCUUACUUGGUUACAAGAUUUCAGGAUAUAAUUGAGGAUUACACUUGAACAGUGUAACUAUUCCGGAAAGAGAUUUAUUGAAAUUGUAUUUCAUUUUUAUAAUACUUUAAUUGCAAAAAAUUAUAGUUUCUGAUAUUUAUCUAAACAAGUGGCUUAUAUUUUCUUUCAUUUGCCUCUUAACUAAUUG